GAGUACAUGGCUCAAACAAUAAACCAUUUCAUUCAUAGCGCAUGUAAUACUUUUGCACACAUAUCUGAUCAAAUAAUCAUGCUACUGUGAUUCAGUCGUUCAAAUUAGACAGGGGUUAAAUCUCCGGCCGUUACAUCACAUUCGUUGGCUACGUGGUAAUUUUGGUGUGUGCGAUGCGCGACGUUGGCUUCUAAUUUCUCUGCUAGCUGCUCUUUUGGUGUUCUGUACCCACUGGAAACCUCCAAACAGUGCAAUUGAAUUUUAAGACUUAUACAACUGAUACCUCCUAGAACAGAAGAUCUCCCAUUGAAGACCUCCUGUUGAGAAGUUGGGCCUGAUGGCGGUUUUACUGUGUCUACUGAGGCGACUGAGUGAACGGAAGUUAUGGAUAUGCCUGAGUAUUGUCAUUGGUCUACUUCUUGACAUUGUCUGUCUGGAAGAUAUUGAUCUCACUUGCUCUGAGCUACUACUUGGACAAUAUCAGUGCAGUGACCCUGAAAUAGAUCCUGUAACUCAGGCAGCAAGCGGAUGUACAGAUGGCAGUGUUAAUGUUGACUGUUAUCCAGCUCCUGGUAUAACAUGUGAUGGUACAACCUAUAACGGCACCACUCCUGGAUUUCACAAACAAGUUCCUUGUAGAAACACGAAAGGCUACUCCUACCGGACAACUCUCCUUCUCUCCAUCUUCUUAGGAAUGUUUGGUGUUGAUAGAAUGUAUCUGGGCUACCCUGCUCUAGGGCUACUCAAAUUCUGCACCAUGGGUCUUCUGUUUGUUGGCCAUUUUGUAGAUGUCAUACUCAUUGCAACACAGGUGGUUGGUCCGGCUGAUCGCUCAGAAUAUGAGAUGGAUUUCUACGCCCCAAAGCUGAUCAAGAUGGGAGUGGACAAUGAGACUUACUAUGUUCCACAAGAUGUUCUGACGUGACAUGUUCAGUGAUUUGUACAUAGAGACUUUUUAUAUAUUUAUAUCUAGAUUUUUUAAAAUCAUAUUUACAACUCUGAAGAUAUUCUAAUGUAAGUACUCUUUAAAGAUCCAAAGCAAAGUUAAGUUUGGGUCAUUAUCCCACUUAAGAUACACCCUAGAGAUUAUAUUAUUCACUUUGGAUUGGUCUGACUGCAUUUAUAUUUAAUAGUCACAUGACUUUUAUAAUGGAAUAAUGGAAAAUGAAAAUACUUCAGGGCCCUGUCUUACAAAGAGUUUUGAUUGAUCCACUCAACCACAGCGAUCGAUGUCCAGCAACGUCAACAUCUGAAAUGCAGGUUUGUUCGAAAUGUGUGAUGCAUAUGCAUGCAUUCAUUGUUUUCUUGAGAAUUCAAUAUGCCUCUCUUUGUUUACAAAGGAAAUUGUUCAAUUUUCCUUUAGAAAUAGUCAUGACAAUGAUGGAUUUCCAUAGAAUUGAGGUUGAUCUGAUCAAUCGUAUCUCUUUGUAAGACAGAGUCCAGGGCC